UUGUCCAACUUUCUACCGGCGAUUCCUUUUCGACUUCGCCAUGUCCUGCUGCUUUCCGCGGCACCGCUGCGUGCCCCACAUCUUGCCCGGGCACCCGGGGGACGCACGCCGCGGCAUUGGCUGCGCCUACUUAUCCAAUGACUUCCUGCAGGAGGUGGAAGCGUCAGGGCAUUCCAGGGACGACCCCGUGUACGCCGUCGAGCCGGACGUGAUCCGAAAGAAGGGCGAGCACCUCCUUUGUCUCCGAGAUCGGCGACUGGGCACUUCCUACGUGGAUGCCGUGACAGGAGACGCAGCUGGGAAGGCGGAGUACAUGCUUUCCUACAGCUGGGGCUACUCGGUGGGCUCCAUUGCCGACACGCUCAGCGCCUUCUUUUCGGGCAGCAAAGUGCAGCAGUAUAUCUGGAUCUGCUGCCUUUGCAUCAACCAGCACCGCGUCAAGGAGGCUCAAAAGCUCGGCAAGGCGGUGCCCUUCUCUGAGUUCGAAGCCGCCUUCGGGCAGCGCGUGCGCGGGGCGUCGCACAUCCUGGCGAUGAUGAGCCCCUGGCAAUCGCCGGUCUACAUCCAGCGCGUGUGGUGCGUCUUCGAGAUUUCCAGGGCCAUGAGCGAGCAGAAGCAGCUCUCCAUCCUGAUGCCCCCCAAGGAGGAGGUGGCCUUCCGUGGAGCGCUCUUCAGCAGCGGCCUGCAGGGCCUCUUCGACGCCCUGGCGGCGCUGAGGAUCCAAGACGCUGCAGCCUCGGUGCCCGAGGACAAGGCCAAUAUCCUGAAGUCCAUCGACCCAGAUGCCACGGACUUUGACAAGUCCCGGAAGGUGGCGGAGCUCAACAAAAACGUCAGGGAGAAGUUGCAGGCGUGGCUGGUGGAAACGGCCGCCACCUGGUUAGAGCAGCAGCUGCCGGACGAGGAGGUGCAGCUGGAGGUCCAUAACGCGGUCGGCGAGCUCUUGAUCGAGACCGUGGCCGACUUCGAACGCGCGGAGCGCAUUUUGUCCGCUGGCAUGCGGCAGCACGGGGUGCAGGGCCUGGCGGGCGUCAGCGCCCUGCGGCUCAUGGGCCGACGCUUGGUGCGCCAAGGGGACUGGCCUGAGGCGGAGCGCUACUACCGCCAGGCGGAGGAGGAGCUGGAGAAAUGCGGGGGCGCCAAGACCAUCCAGCAUGCGCAGCUCCAGAUCGACCUCUUCCUAUGUUCGGGGCAGGUGGCGCAAUUGGACUUGGCCAAGCGCACCUUCGAGGAGCUCGAGGCCACGCAGAGCGAGGCCUUUGCGCGGGUGCUGAAACACCUGGGCACGGUGAGCUUGAACAAGGGUGACCGCGACAAGGCAUUGCACUUCUAUGAGCGGUCCAAGUCCUGCUACCAGCAAACGGGGCUGAAGUUCAGCCCCGGCUAUGCGGACCUCCUGAUGAACCUGGGCCGCAUGCAGGCCUCAGGCUUCCUCAGAGAGGAGGCGCUGACGACCUUCGCCGAAGCGCGGGAGGUCUACCAGGCCAUCGGGGUCACGAGCUCCCCCGGCUAUGCCGACCUUUUGGUGAACAUCGGGCACAUUGAGGAGCAUUUGGACCGCCCAGAGCCGGCGGAGGAGGCAUUCCGAGAGGCGCUGAGGAUCUUCCAGGGCUGUGGGACCCGCGGCGUGCUGCUGGCACAGGUGUGGCUGAAGCUGGGCAAGGUCUUGCGGCGCAAGGCCCUGAACGCCCCAGCUCCGAAGCCCGUCGAGGCAGAGGCGGCGGAGGCGUGCCGGAAGGCCCGCGCGGAGUUCGAGGCGUGUGGCGCCGUGGAUGGUGAGGACUAUGAGGAAGCCCUCGAGUUCUCGCUGGAUGGUGCUUUCCCAGCCACCAAAUGUUCGCGCUUGCCGAAAUACACCAGCCUCCGGGCCUUUCCUCGUCAGCUGAGCCAGCGCAACGCGGCGCCAGCGCCAACCUUCACCAUCAGCCGCCGCGGCCUUUACGAUUCCGGUGAGGCGGCGCCGGUGUCUGCCGCCCUGUGGGAUCUGCCGCAAGGACAUUUCAAAGCGGAUCUGGCCGCAUGAACUGAUUUGUUGGAGGGUUGGAUUGGGAUCUUUUGGAGGUUUGGACCUCCACGGUCUCAGGUCCCAAGACUAGGGUCAGAAACUGAAGCAAGCUCCAGGACCUUGCCGGCAAAGCCGGCCGCUUGGUUUACUGUCGUCGGUCUGUGAGUCUCCACCCGAACAGUCCUCA